AUGGGCUCGCUCGUAGAGCUUGUUCUGGGAUCUGGUAUGAGUGGCGGCAAGGGCGACUUCUUCCUCACCGGCCGGUCUAUUUCCUUGUUCAAGGAAUCCAUCUUCACCAUGGAGAAUCCCUUAAUCAACGCUUUGGGUGUUCUCGAUGAAGCCUGGGUGAAAAGCCAAUGUCUUUGGACACGCAAACUGAGCACCCCCACAGACCUGGUGGGACAGGAGGUAUCUUGGAAGAAAAUGGCCACAGCACUGGGCUUUAUCAAGAGCAUUGCAUGGGAGAUCGAUUCGCCAUUCCUAGAUGUGGAUUAUGAGGAACCAAAUGCUUUCGGUGUAUCAACUUUGAAACACCUAGCCACAAAGAAAGUCUUGAGCGAUCAACGAAACAUAGACCAGAGCCAUUUUCGUCAUAUUCCCUGGCCGAUUGCCGAAGAGCUUUGGCAGUAUCUUACACGAAGUGGUAAGCGGACUUUGUAUAUGUGGAAAAUAUUCUGCGCUGCUUAUCCUGUUGAGUUUCGACAUCUUUCGCAACAUUGUGACUCUCGGGUUGGGCAUCCUCGAUAUUCUCUGAGCGGGUAUAUAAGUCUGAUUAAGAGCUCGAGUGAUAGUUGGGCUACUAGGUUGAAUAUCUGGACCGAGUUUGCUCGGGUGCCCGAGCUGGUCGAACUUGCUGAUGUGACUAAUCUUGUUUCGCUGGAAGUGAAUACUUCUUCGCAUCUACUCGAACUGCAAGAUCAUGAAGUCGCGUCUCUGAACGACCGUAUCCUGAGAACAUGGAGUGAACUUGCCAAAACAACUGGUGCUUUCAAGCACCUUCAAGUAAUAAGACUGUACCAGCAACGAGAGCUCACUGAACAGUCCUUUCGUUACCUAUCUAAGCUUCCAGCGUUGGAAUACUGUGUUUUGGCAAUGUGCGAUCGAAUGACACAGGAAUCCGCCAUCAAGACAGCGAUAUCAGAGGGUUGGAACGUCCUUGAGGACGUUUUUGACCAGAAGAUACUUCAAUUUUCUGGUCGACCUUCUUCGAAAAAUCGUCGUGGGCAGAUCAAAUGGCGUGGAGACCGUCUGGAUGGGCACCUAUCUGCCUCGCUACCCAGCGAUAUACCAAUUCUUGAUUUCUCUGUUGGACAGAGACACGAAAAGCUUAGAGAUCGCGAUGUUGUUGUCAUGCAGCGCAAGGAUACCCACAAGGGAAAUAAGCGUAGUUUGGUCGAGACGGCGUCAGUGGAGAACGACUGGGGAGCCGAGAAAAGGGCAAAAAAGCCGGCCAUGAAAGAGCGCGGUAGGGAUCUGUCGGGGAUGCUAGCCGAUUUCUUGUAG